CCGCUAUAAAUGAAAUUAUUCGAAUUUCUACGAUGCAUUGAUCUAUUUCAAUGUUUCUCAACUGAAGAUAGAAAGAAAGAUAUAAAAAAUUUUGAAGUAAUUUAAGCAAAAUCUUUCAAUCAAACUUUCUAGAGUUGAUAUAAUUAUAAGAAAGAAAAAAAAUUGUAAAAGAGGGAACAAAUGAUAGUCAGUGAUAGCUAUUAUCGUUACAUUUAACUUAAUUUGACUUGACUGAAUAUUAUGGAUAAUGACAUCAAUCGAUAUUGAUCAUAAUAAGAACUAUUAGUUGCUUAUAGACGUUGUUAAAUGCUAGUAUACCAUUCGAAGAAGAAACAUUCAUCAAUCUAGUACAAAUUAUUUAAUACCAAAGUUGAUAUGAGAAGAUAAAAAAACAAAAAUGCGUAAAGAUAAUAUAAUAUAGAAUAUAAAUACUUGUUAAGUGGAUACGUGUUUUUUCUUAAAGAAAAAAUUUUUAUUCAAAUUGCAUAUAAGAUAUUAGAAAUUGUAAUGUCACUUAAAACUAUAAUUACCUAUCCUAUAGAAGUUUGUCUUCGUUUAAUCGGCAUUUGGCCAUAUUCUUCGUAUAAAAUUGUACAACGUGUUUUUUGGAUAAUCGUGAUGAGUAUCUCCACAGUAUUCCAACUUUGGUAUUGUAUUUCUUAUUUUAAAACAGCAGAUUUACCUGAUUUGUUAGAUGGCAUAACUGUGACUUUGUCAAACACAGUCACGUUCAUUAAAUUGAUUAUUCUUUGGUUUAAUUAUCGCACACUUCACAAUAUAUUAAUAGUUGUAUUUGAGGAUUGGAAUAAUCGUGUUCUUACUCACAAAAAAAAACAGUUUAUGAUAGACAAUACCUAUUUGUGCUCUCGUAUUUCGAAUUUUUUAUUUGGCAUUUAUUCGAUGACAUGUAUCUUAUAUUCGAUAAGUACUAUGCUGAUUUCCAAUGAUACUAAUAAUACUAAUAAUCAAUUGAUUUUGAAUAAUAAAAAAUUAUUACUUAAAAUGAAGUUUCCCUUCGAUUUCACGAUUUUUCCACUUUAUGAAUUCAUUAUAAUUGCACAAUUUGUAUUUGAAUAUUCUGUAGCUUUCACGGCUGGGAUGUUAAUGGCAUUUUCUGCAGCAUUAGUAUUACAUAUAGGUAGUCAAAUAGAUAUUACAUGUCAAGAAAUUAUUGAAAUUCCAAGCAAUAAAGAAGAAAUAUCAUAUGUGUUAAAAAAUAUUAUUAUCAAGCAUCAAAGGAUUCUUCGUUUAUCUGAAAAUGUUAAAUAUUUAUUUCUAUAUACAUCAUUGAUACAAUUUUUAUCAAAUAUUUUAGUGAUAUGCUUUCUAGGAUUUAUUCUUGUAAAUGCUUUAGGUACUGAAAAAGGAUCUACAAUAUUCAUAAAAUGUUUCCCUUAUUAUAUUGCUGCGAAUUGCGAAGCGUUCAUUCUUUGCUAUACAGGAGAAUAUCUUAUGUUUAAGAACGAAAGCAUUAUUGAAGCUGUAUACAAUAUGCUUUGGUAUAAUUUAAAUCCGCAAGACAGUCGAAUUAUAUUGCUGAUUUUAAUACAAGCUCAAAGACAAUUGACACUUUCAGCUGGAAAUUUUGUGACGCUUUCUGCUGAAACUUUUGCUAGUAUGCAAAAAGUUUCCGCUUCAUAUAUUUCAAUAUUAAUGGCGAUGUAUUAAAAAAAAUAACUGCGCUGUAUUAUUGAACUUGUUGCGAGCAUUAAAUUAUUAUAGAAAAUAA